CUUUUGAGUACUAUCAAGAAAUGGGUUUCUUUCAGUGCUUGAAAUUUCCUUCUUGUUCUUCUUCUAUUUGCUGGACUACCACUCUGUGGUUCAGAUCCUCCUGGGGUUGAAAACUGUUGAAAGGGAAUUUCUUUAGAUAUGGGUAUUUGCUUGGGAAGCCCUGCUAAGAGUGAUCAUCCUGUUUCUGGGCAGGGAUUUGGAACAAAAGUAGCGCCUGGCAACGUGAAACACGGUUCGAAUCCUCCGAACCUGCAGACAAAUUCGGUCGCCUCAUCUGAUGCUCUUGUAGGAUUUCCUGGUGAUCUAUCUGUCUCGAGCAACCUCAAAUCAUUUACUUUCAACGAUCUCAGAAAUGCCACUAAGAACUUCUCUCCCGACAGUCUUAUUGGCGAGGGAGGAUUUGGUUAUGUCUUUAAGGGAUGGAUUAAUGAGAAUACUUUGGCUUCCAGCAAACCAGGAACUGGGACAGUUGUGGCUGUGAAAAGACUUAAGACGCAAAGCUUUCAAGGUCACCGGGAAUGGCUUACUGAGGUUAAAUACUUAGGUCAGCUUCGGCAUGAAAAUUUGGUGAAGCUAAUUGGAUAUUGCUCAGAAGCUAAAAACAGACUGCUAGUCUAUGAAUUUAUGCCUAAAGGCAGCUUGGAGAAUCAUCUUUUUAAAAAAGGAGUACAACCAAUGGCCUGGUCCACUAGAAUGCAAAUUGCAGUUGAUAUUGCACGAGGAUUGUCCUUCCUACAUAGUCUAAAUGCCAAUAUAAUCUACCGUGACUUAAAGGCUUCCAACAUUCUUAUUGAUUCGAAAUUUCAUGCAAAGCUUUCAGAUUUUGGCCUUGCAAGAAAGGGUCCAAGUGGUGAUGGAACUCACGUUUCGACUAGAGUUGUGGGUACAAUGGGUUAUGCUGCCCCCGAAUAUGUGGCCUCAGGUCACUUGACUCCAAAGAGCGAUGUGUACAGCUUCGGAGUUGUUCUACUAGAACUCCUCUCAGGAAGACGAGCAAUGGGCGAUGAGACUCUUGGAGGAGCCGAAGGGAAGUUAGUGGAUUGGGCAAAGCAAUUUCUAGGAGACGCCAGGCAAUUUUCAAGAAUCAUGGACACAAGGUUAAGGGGCGAGUACUCCAAAAAGGAUGCCCAGGCUGCAUCUUCCCUUGCUUUGCGGUGCCUCUAUAAUGAUGCUAAGAACCGGCCAUCAAUGGUGGAGGUUCUAGCCGAGCUAGAACAAAUGCAGGCUCUUCAAAGUUCACCUCAAGCCAGGCUAGAACAUCGUGUUAAAACAUUGAGCUCCCACAAGCCACACUCUCCUGCAUAAAACCGUUACCGUUGUUUGUCUUGCAGACAAUCUUAACUUUUCUUGGACUUGUUGCAAGAUAUUUGUAAAUAUGGACUGAUUGCUGGAAGUUUGAUCUUGUCGCUGAUCAUUAACCAUGUAAAGAACCUCUUUUCCGACCUCCUCUACCCAGAUUUAGUACUUGCUUUGCUCA